UGCGCCUCUGUGGUGGGGUGUGUGCAGAAGGAGCCGGGAUAAAUAGGAGGCUCCCUUCUCCCCGCGACACUCACGGAGCCGGCCGGCCGCCCGCCCUGGGUGUUUCCCUGCCCUGCAGCCAGGGUGCCAGCCUGCGGAGUAGUUUCGUUUCCUCCUGGCUCCGGGAUUAGUUUCCAGGCACCCUCUCGGGCGCCCGGGGCCCGGGAAGGGGGCGAAGAAGGAGGAGGGAGACUCGUCGAGGGGCUGCCCGGCCCCGCAGAGCGGGGUUGAUGGACCGGGCCGCCCCGGGCAGCGGCGCCAGCUCCCUGCCACUGCUGCUGGCCCUUGCCCUGGGUCUAGUGAUCCUCCAGUGUGUGGUGGCAGAUGGGAAUUCAACCAGCAGUCCUGAAACUGAUGUUCUUCUCUGUGGAGAUCCUGAGGAAAAUUGUGCAGCUACCACCACACAAUCAAAGCGGAAAGGCCACUUCUCUCGGUGCCCCAAGCAGUACAAGCAUUACUGCAUCAAAGGGAGAUGCCGCUUCGUGGUGGCUGAGCAGACGCCCUCCUGCGUCUGUGAUGAUGGCUACACUGGGGCGAGGUGUGAGAGAGUUGACUUGUUUUACCUAAGAGGAGAUAGAGGACAGAUUUUGGUGAUUUGUUUGAUAGCAGUUAUGGUAAUUUUUAUCAUUCUGGUCAUCGGUGUCUGCACAUGCUGUCAUCCUCUUCGGAAACGUCGUAAAAGAAAGAAGGAGGAAGAAGAAAUGGAAACUCUGGGUAAAGAUAUAACUCCUCUAAGUGAAGACAUUCAAGAGACUAAUAUUGCUUGAUGGCUAUGAAGGUACCUCCAGGCUGGUGGCAAGCUGCAAAAGGCCUUGCUCAUUUGCAAAUGGACAGAACGUGUCUCAGGAAAACAGCUAGUAGAAAUGAAUUUUAAAUAAUGUAUUUACUUUUUAUUUGUAACUUUAGUUCAUGUUGUUCGUUAUUUUUAAAUUUUAUUAUUGUCUAAUAUUGGGGAAAAGUACCCAGUUAGGUAGCACCAAUGAGAAGGGAAAUUUCUUUCUUUCUUUCUUUUUUUUUUUUUUUGUCUUUUUGUGACCGGCCACACCGCGCUCAGCCAGUGAGCGCACCGGCCAUCCUUAUAUAGGAUCCGAACCCGCCCGCAGGAGCACUCCUGCGCUCCCAGCGCUGCACUCUCCCAAGUGUGCCACGGGGUCGGCCCUGAGAAGGGAAAUUUCAAUCAACUUUCACUUAAGUUUUGUCACCAGAUUUACUAGUCAAAAAAAAAAAAAAAAAAAGAAAAGUAGGAAGGAGUGUGGAUCUUAAGAAUCAAAUUAUUAAUACAGCUACCAUUUACAUAUACUAAGAGUUUGAAAUGUAUUAUUUCUUUUAAUCCUUUCAGCAUCCCGUGAGAUACAGAUUAUGCUCCUUAUUCCCCAGAUAUGGAAACAGGCCCAAAGAAGCUAAAUCAUCUAAUCCAGAUUUAGAGAGUAAGGAACUGAUGGAGCUGAAAUUCUAACCAAGAUUUCCCCAAAUUGAAAGUCUGUGCUGUUAACCGUCGUUUGUGUUCAUCUGAGUUGGUGCAACCUAACUCAAUAAUAUAACAAGAUUUCAUAUGGAGCUGUGUUUUGCUAUGUUUCUGGGAUGCCAAGGCCAUUUUCCUGCAGGAUCACAGAAUGCAGAGUCUGGCCUAUGUUGCUGUUACCAUCAUGCUUUAUGUAGAGUUGACUUUUAUUAUGUUUCUUUGUUCCUUUAUAAAUUCUAAGUGACAUGAAUACAUUCUUACAUUAUUAAAGAAAACAGAUUUGCCCAAUAAUUAGGGUAAUGAAUAGAGAUGGAAGUGAAUGCCUGACAUUCUUUAAGCCCCAGGUAAGUGUUUAUGCUCAAUAAAGUAUGAAUAUUAGCACGGGAAGAGGCUGUUUAUGUCAGGGCAGUAGUCGGUGACGGCACUGCUGAGAGCACAGGCAAAGACUGGUUGUGACAGUAUUUUCAUUUUUAUUCUUCUUGACACCAGCAUGCUUGUAUGUGGUUACUCUCAGAUGAAUUUUGGUGCAGUAAAGUCAUGACCAUAGCAUCUAUUACUUCAGACCAUGUUACCAAAUAUUCCUUCGACUUCAUGGUAUAUUUAAUAAAAUAUUGCAUUAAACUUAAAAAGAGAAAUCUACGUUUAGCCAAUAUUCCAUAGAAUAUGGAACUUUUUACAUUGAUUAAGUGGAUGACUUAACAAAAACCAAUGGAAGGUGUCCCCAAAUUGCUGCACUUUGUGCCUGUCAGCCAAACAGCUUCUUUUCCAGAAUCUUUGUAAAUUUUACUUUGUAAUGUAGAUUCCAUAGCCAAAGGGAAGCGAAAAAAGACAAAAGCUGAAAUUGUGUAUCUCCUUCUAGCAUGCAUAGUGUUUUGAGUAAGGCUGGGACUGUGCUUCUAUAUAAUAUAAGAAUAGCUCACUUACUACUAAGAGCUGUCAAACAACUAAUAAUUUUCAAGAUCCAUUUUUUCUCCUGACUUAAUGGUCAUCUUUGAAACAGGAUUAUGUCCAAUUGCUUCAUGUUGCUUCUUUGGAUUUAUUAAUGCCCUUUCUGUCCUUCAGCCUUCUUUGAUACUAAAAGAGCUUGAAACAAAUACCCAUAGGAGCAUUUAAGAACACAAAACAAUGCUGUAAAUGUUUCUUUACUGGACUGAGGUUGGCUGACCAAUGGAAUCCAUCAAGCCAAUUCGGGCUUGGAAAUUUUGUUUUGAUCCUAAAAUGUUAAUGGUGUCUCUUGAAAUUUGGUAGGUCUGAUGUGAAUAAAGAAUUUCAAGGAUUUUCAUAACUUUUCAAAAUGUAUUUUUAAUUGUUUUUCGUAUACUA